UCCGCCUCUCCAGUGCGGCGUCCGGUCCGACCCGACCCAGACAGCUGAGCUAGUUGAGUAGGCGCAGCGGCGGGACCGGGACCCUCCCGGAGGCGCGCGGCGCGAGCCAGUGACAAACGAUGGCGGGCGAGGAAGAUCGCGGAGACGGGGACUCGGUAUCAGUGUUGACCGUGCGGGUGCAGUACUUGGAGGACACCGACCCCUUCGCAUGUGCCAACUUCCCGGAGCCGCGCCGGGCCCCCACCUGCAGCCUGGACGGGGCGCUGCCCCUGGGUGCGCAAAUACCCGCGCUGCACCGCCUGCUGGCGGCGCCGCUAAAGCUGGAGGACUGUGCCCUGCAAGUGUCUCCCUCUGGAUACUACCUGGACCCUGAGCUGUCUCUGGAAGAGCAGCGGGAGAUGCUGGAGGGCUUCUAUGAAGAGAUCAGCAAAGGGCGGAAGCCUACGCUCAUCCUGCGUACUCAACUCCCUGUGAGGGUCAAUGCCAUCCUGGAAAAGUUGUAUGGCUCCAGUGGCCCUGAGCUGCGUCGCUCCCUCUUCUCACUAAAGCAGAUCUUCCAGGAGGACAAGGACCUGGUGCCUGAAUUUGUGCACUCGGAAGGGCUGAGUUGCCUGAUCCGUGUGGGUGCUGCUGCCGACCACAACUACCAGAGCUACAUCCUCCGAGCACUAGGCCAGCUGAUGCUGUUUGUGGAUGGGAUGCUGGGGGUGGUGGCCCACAGUGAGACUGUGCAGUGGCUGUACACACUGUGCGCCAGCGUGUCUCGCUUGGUGGUAAAAACGGCCCUGAAGCUGCUGCUGGUGUUUGUGGAAUACUCUGAGAACAAUGCACCACUGUUUAUCCGUGCUGUCAACUCUGUGGCCAGCUCAACAGGCUCUCUUCCUUGGGCCAAUCUGGUGUCCAUCCUGGAGGAGAAGAAUGGCGCUGACCCUGAGUUGUUGGUGUAUACGGUCACCCUCAUCAACAAGACACUGGCAGCACUUCCGGACCAGGACUCCUUCUACGAUGUGACGGAUGCGCUGGAGCAGCAGGGCAUGGAGGCUCUGGUCCAGCGCCACUUGGGCGCCUCGGGCACUGAUUUCGACCUGCGCACACAGCUUGUGCUCUAUGAGAAUGCCCUGCGGUUGGAGGAUGGAGACAUUGAAGAAGCCGCUGCAGGUGGGCGGCGGGAACGCAGAAAGCCCUCUUCGGAGGAGGGCAAGAGGAGCCGCCGGUCUCUAGAAGGCGGGGGCUGCCCUGUACACUCCUCGGAGCCUGGCCCUGCAGGCCCCACCUCUAGCCGCACAGGCCCCGCCUCGCCGACAGGCCCCGCCUCGCCGACAGGCCCCGCCUCGCCGACAGGCCCCGCCUCGCCGACAGGCCCCGCGGACCCCGCCUCAACGGUAAUCUCCACCUACUCCGCUGGCCCUGCCCUUUCAACCGGUCUGGCCCCCAGCCCCGUGGGCCCAGCUUCUGGCCUCUGUACCUCGGUGAACCUCUUUCCUGCCAUCUCCGUGGGGUCCUCAGCCGACAGCUCCAGCGAGAGGAGCAUCUACAAAGCCCGGUUCCUGGAGAAUGUGGCAGCGGCAGAAACAGAGAAGCAGGCUGCACUGGCCCAGGGCCGGGCAGAGACAUUGGCUGGGGCCAUGCCCGAUGAGGCCGAUGGACACCCAGAUACGCGGGAACUAUGGGGCUCACCAGAACCAGGCCCUGCACCCAGAACACCUGAGAGCCCUGUCCCCCGAGGUCUGCUCCGGGCCCAGCGGAGCCUUGAGCCAGAGCCCAAGGUGCCACUGGCCCCACCAAGCCCCAAGGCUGAGCCCAUUCAGGAGUUUCCUAUCCGUGUACCCAAGCUCUGCAUUGGAGACCUGGACUUCUCAGAUCUGGGGGAGGAUGAAGACGAGGACAUGUUGAAUGUGGAGGCUGUGGAGGCUGGGACACCUCCCCCACCCAUCAAAGGCUCACUCUCACCACCUCCACCUCCCGCCGCCCCCCUUUCUCCUUCAGCACCUGAUGGUCUAGCCCUCCCCACCAAGAGGAAAACAGUAAAACUCUUCUGGCGGGAGCUAAAGCUGGCUGGGGGCCAGAGAGGCUCUGGGAGCCGUUUUGGGCCUUGCCCCACCCUGUGGGCCUCACUGGAACCUGUCUCAGUGGACACAGCCCGUCUGGAACACCUGUUUGAGUCCCGUGCCAAAGACGUGCUGCCUUCCAAGAAAGCCGGUGAGGGCCGCCGGACAAUGACCACAGUGCUGGACCCCAAGCGUAGCAACGCCAUCAACAUUGGCCUAACCACCCUGCCACCUGUGCAUGUCAUUAAGGCUGCCCUGCUCAACUUUGAUGAGUUUGCUGUCAGCAAGGAUGGCAUUGAGAAACUGCUGACCAUGAUGCCCACGGAGGAGGAGCGGCAGAAGAUCGAGGAGGCCCAGCUGGCCAAUCCUGACGUACCCCUGGGCCCAGCUGAGAACUUCCUGAUGACCCUUGCCUCCAUUGGGGGCCUGGCCGCCCGCCUACAACUCUGGGCCUUCAAGCUGGACUAUGACAGCAUGGAGCGGGAAAUCGCAGAGCCACUAUUUGACCUGAAGGUGGGCAUGGAACAGCUGGUAAAAAAUGCCACUUUCCGCUGCAUCCUGGCCACUCUCCUGGCUGUGGGCAACUUCCUCAACGGUUCUCAGAGCAGCGGCUUUGAGCUGAGCUACCUGGAGAAGGUGUCCGAGGUGAAGGACACGGUGCGCCGGCAGUCACUGCUGCACCAUCUCUGCUCCCUGGUGCUCCAGACCCGGCCUGAUUCCUCGGACCUCUACUCAGAAAUCCCUGCCCUGACCCGCUGUGCCAAGGUGGACUUUGAGCAGCUGACUGAGAACCUGGGGCAGUUGGAGUGUCGGAGCUGGGCAGCUGAGGAGAGCCUACGGAGCUUGGCCAAGCAUGAGCUGCCCCCAGCCCUGCGUGCCCGCCUCACCCACUUCUUGGCCCAGUGUGGCCGCCGUGUUGCCAUGCUGCGGGUAGUGCACCGCCGUGUCUACAACAGGUUCCGUGCCUUCCUGUUGUACCUGGGGUACACAGCCCCGGCGGCCCGCGAAGUGCGCAUCAUGCAGUUCUGCCACACGCUCCGCGAGUUCGCGCUGGAGUACCGGACUUGCCGGGAACGGGUGCUGCAGCAGCAGCAGAAGCGGGCCACGUGCCGUGAGCGCAACAAGACCCGGGGCCGCAUGAUCACAGAGACAGAGAAGUUCUCAGGUGUGGCUGGGGAAGCCCCCAGCAACCCAUCUGUCCCAGUGGCUGUGGGCGGUGGGCCAGGGCGGGGUGAUGCCGACAGUCACGCCAGCAUGAAGAGUCUGCUGACCAGCAAGCCGGAGGACACCACACACGGUCGCCGCAGCAGAGGCAUGGUCCAGAGCAGCUCCCCUGUCAUGGCAACAGCAAUGGGGCCCUCCACUGCAUCCCCAGAAGACCCCCCAGGCUCCAGUAUACCCAGUGACACUUCAGAUGAGAUCAUGGACCUGCUGGUGCAGUCAGUGACCAAGAGCAGUCCUCGUGCCUUAGCUGCUCGGGAACGCAAGCGCUCCCGGGGCAACCGCAAGUCUUUGAGACGGACACUGAAGAGCGGGCUUGGAGACGACCUGGUGCAGGCACUGGGACUGAGCAAGGGUCCUGGCCUGGAGGUGUGAAGGAGCUGCCUCCAGGACACCUACCUAUCAGGGCCCCAGCCUGCAGUGCCAGAGGCUAGAGAGUGACGAGGGAUCAGCAGAAUUUUGGGCCUCUUCUCAAGCCCCAGGCCACUCUGUGCCCAGUGGACAGUCCCUUGAGCAGUAUUAGCUGUGCGUGCCUGUGUGCAAGUGUGUGUCUGUGUGUGUGUGUCUGCAUGUGUACACGUACUUGUAUGAGCUCCCCAAAUACAUGGAGCAUAAUAAAGUUUUCCUAGCCAA